GUUGUCGUGAGUGCCUCUGAGGAAGGCAGGUUUUUGGGGGCGUCUUGCGCUCGCUGAGGGGGCACCUCGGGAACAAUGGCGGAAGGAGAUAAUCGCAGCACCAACCUGCUGGCUGCAGAGACUGCAAGUCUGGAAGAGCAGCUGCAAGGAUGGGGAGAAGUGAUGCUGAUGGCAGAUAAAGUCCUCCGAUGGGAAAGAGCCUGGUUUCCACCUGCCAUCAUGGGUGUGGUUUCUUUGGUGUUUCUGACUGUCUACUAUCUAGAUCCAUCCGUUCUGUCAGGUGUUUCCUGUUUUGUUAUGUUUUUGUGCUUGGCUGACUACCUUGUUCCCAUUCUAGCGCCUAGAAUUUUUGGCUCCAAUAAAUGGACCACUGAGCAACAGCAGAGAUUCCAUGAAAUUUGCAGCAAUCUAGUAAAAACUCGACGCAGAGCUGUGGGCUGGUGGAAACGCCUCUUUACGCUAAAGGAAGAAAAGCCUAAAAUGUACUUCAUGACCAUGAUCAUUUCUCUUGCUGCGGUUGCUUGGGUGGGACAGCAAGUCCACAACCUCCUUCUCACCUACCCGAUAGUGACUUUCUUACUCUUGCUUCCUGGACUAAACCAACAUGGAAUCAUUUCGAAGUACAUUGGAAUGGCCAAAAGAGAGAUAAACAAGCUUCUCAAACAAAAAGAAAAGAAACAUGAAUAAUGCAUCUGCUUUACUCAGUGUGAUUAAUGGCGUAUACAUUGUCCUUGGGGACAGUGUCUGUUAUGCUGUCUGGAUACUAAAAUGUUACAGAUGUAGCUCUUUGCUGUCCCUCAUUCUGCCCUUAAUUAGUAGAAAUUCCGACUUGCCAAGUAAGGCUUUACACCCAGUGUCUUCAAGGGUUUGUUGUCAUCAGCUGGCCUUAUAUGGACAACUCAUUCAUCAUUACCACUUGUCUUGGUUUUUCUCACCCAGGGUUAAUUGAACUCUUACCUUUAAAAUAAUAUAGUGGUGAACUUCAUCCUUUAGUACAGUUAACAGUGGCUUGGGAUAACUGUUCAAGUUGAUCUUUGCUUUAGCUGGAUACAAGAUCGUGGUCUGUGACUACAGGAAGCUGGUUCUACUGUCUGCUUCCACACUCUGCUUAAACAACUGCCUGGCUUCGUGAAUAUACAAACCAAGUUUACCACUUCUGAUGAAGAGACCAGUUAAGAUUCAUUCCUCAUUCUGUUUCGAUACUGUGGGAGAAGAAUCCUCAUGGAAUAAAAUGAAAGUAAUUCCAUGGCCUAGUAUGUGUUGGCUUCUCCCUUGUGCAGAAUUUAGCAAUUUGUUGGAAACAUUGAUCCUUCCUCCCAAAUGGGGAAUCUGACAGGCUUAGAACUCUUGUUCCCGUGCACUUAAACUUGAAGUUAGUACAUCCUUAAGGGCUUUUUAGUAGCAGGCUUACGCAAGAUGGUAUUUAGGAUUUUUAGCAUACUUUUAAUUUCAGAUUUUCAGCUAACUGAAACUAAAGUACAUAAUAGGUUAAGAGUCAUGUCUAUGACCUUCACUCCAAGACCAGCCAAUAAAGAACAAAACUCAUCCUGUGUUUAGUCAAGAUUCAUUUCAGUAGAA